AUGUCUGGUCUGCACCGUAGACGAAGGCCUCCUCCUAUCCGGAUCCCUAAAGUCGAAAUCAGAGAAGAUGACAGUGAGAGCGAAUCUCAGACUCCAUCUCAAAAGACUUCAACACCCCCCCCAACCCCAGCGUCAUCACGCCCUUCAACUCGGACCUUUCAAUCUAUCCUUCAACCAAGCGUAAUUUCGCAAAUCCGCAGCGGUUCACGAACAUUCACUCUCCCUUCCCCAUCAGCCAAAGCUACCACCCAGUUCACCUUUCAGCCUGCGACAACGGCAAUAUCUGAAUCCACAUCUACAUCCGCCUUUGCAUUCGCGCCCGAGCCCAUCAAGUCCAGCCCAACGAAAACGACCCUAGUCACUAUCACCACGGCGCUCAAAUCUCCGAAAGAAAAGGGUGAAGAAAGCCCAGAAGUUACACAAACCGUGUUCGUCUCUGCGCCUCCACAGAUAGUGACAGUCACCGCAGCAUUGCCAGCUCAAUCCACCAAAGCGGGAGGGGGAGGAGCGCAGCAAGAGCAACAAGGAAUCGGAGGCGCAAAAGGAGCAACUGCGUUACCGGCGACUGCAGUGAAGUUGAUCGCUGCUUUCAGUGUUAUUGGUGAGUUCGGUGAUGCACCAACCCAUAUCUUUCACAAUUGUUUUGCUGACCAACUGAAGCUGGCAUCUCGAUGCUGGCCGGCAUUGCCAUAA